AUGUCCAAUAGAAGUCUGUUGAACUCUGAUGUGCCUGUCCUCUGGUCUGGCAGUGACCCCUACACCACCCGAUCGAAGUCUGCCAGUGACCCCUACACCACCCGAUCGAAGUCUGCCAGUGACCCCUACACCACCCGAUCGAAGUCUGCCAGUGACCCCUCCACCACCCGAUCGAAGUCUGCCAGUGACCCCUCCACCACCCGAUCGAAGACUGCCAGUGACCCCUACACCACCCGAUCGAAGUCUGCCAGUGACCCCUACACCACCCGAUCGAAGUCUGCCAGUGACCCCUACACCACCCGAUCGAAGUCUGCCAGUGACCCCUCCACCACCCGAUCGAAGUCUGCCAGUGACCCCUACACCACCCGAUCGAAGUCUGCCAGUGACCCCUACACCACCCGAUCGAAGACUGCCAGUGACCCCUACACCACCCGAUCGAAGUCUGCCAGUGACCCCUACACCACCCGAUCGAAGUCUGCCAGUGACCCCUACACCACCCGAUCGAAGUCUGCCAGUGACCCCUACACCACCCGAUCGAAGUCUGCCAGUGACCCCUACACCACCCGAUCGAAGUCUGCCAGUGACCCCUCCACCACCCGAUCGAAGUCUGCCAGUGACCCCUCCACCACCCGAUCGAAGUCUGCCAGUGACCCCUACACCACCCAAAGUCAAACUGUAGCAGCCAUCAUCAACCCCAGUUCACUUCUGAAUUGA